AUGCCGAUCCCAACGACCACCCGCGAGUACCGUCUUCUCAAGCCGGAUGGCUUCCACAAUCUGACGCUCAAGGAGGCCUCCGUCCGCACGCCGAGGUCGACCGAAGUCCUCGUCAAGGUCCAUGCCGUCUCUCUCCAGUUCCGCGACAUCGUCGUCGCAAAGGGCCAGUACCCGCCGGCGGGCCAGAAGGACGACCUGGUCCCUGGCUCCGACAUGGCCGGGGAGAUCCUCGCCGUCGGCGCUGACGUCAAGGAGUGGGCCGUCGGCGACAGGGUCUGCGCCAACCUCUGCGUCGACCACGUCGUUGGCGAGGUCACGGACGCGAUGAGGUUGACCGGGCUCGGCGCACCGAUUGAUGGGGUCUUGACCGAGUACAGGAUCUUCCCCGCGCAUUGUCUGGUCAAGAUCCCGGACGGCUGGACGUAUAUCGAAGCGUCCACUCUCCCGUGCGCCGCAGUAACCGCGUACAACGCGCUCUUCGGGUUAAACUCGCUCAAGGCUGGCGACACCGUGCUCGUCCUCGGCACAGGCGGGGUGUCCGUCUUUGGGCUGCAGAUUGCCGUCGCCAGCGGGGCGACCGUGAUCGCGACGUCCUCCUCCGACAGCAAGCUUGAGGUCGCGAAGAAGCUCGGCGCGAAGCAUGGUAUCAACUACAAGAAGACGCCGGACUGGGAGAAGGAGGUGCUUCGCAUCACGGGCGGACGGGGUGUGGACCAUGUCAUCGAGGUUGGGGGGCCGGGCACGAUCGGCAAGUCGAUUGCGAGCACGCGGUAUGGGGGGUCGGUCAACGUGAUUGGGUUCGUCGCAUCCCCCUUCCUCCUCCUCCUCGCCAGGGCCGGCGACACGUCCAACCUCCCCGGCCAGAUCCUCAGCAGGGGCGCGGUCGUCCGGGGCAUCCUCACCGGUUCGCGCAAGCAGUUCGAAGACCUCGUGCGGCUGAUCAACGCGACGGGCCUGAAGCCAGUCGUCGACAAGGUUUUCGCGUUCGAGGACCUCCGCGCGGCGUAUGAGUACCUCGAGAGCCAGCAGCACGUCGGGAAGGUCUGUGUGCAGGUCGCGGAGGUGUGA